CAUGAAUAAUCACACAACAAUCCCUUACUUUUUACUCCUGGAAUUCUCAAAAAAUCGACAUCUUCAGCGUUUGCAUUUCUUUGUUUUCUUUGUGUUAUAUCUGACAACUAUAAUGGCAAAUGUUCUCAUUAUAUUGGCAGUAGCUUUAGAUAAUCAAUUGCAUAGCCCCAUGUACUGGUUUCUGAUGAACUUGGCUAUGCAGGACUUAGGCUCAGUUUCUGUCAUAGUCCCAAAAUCCAUGGUGAAUUCCCUCAUGGACACCAGGUACAUCUCUUACUCAGGAUGUGCUGCUCAAGUCUUCAUAUUUAUCUCCUUUGCAGCUUCUGAUUUAUCCCUCCUGACUGUCAUGGCAUAUGAUCGGUAUGUUGCCAUUUGCCAUCCACUGCACUACGAGAUGGUGAUGAAUUGGAAUGCCUGCAAUAAAAUCAUGAUUCUGGUUUGGGUCACCAGUCUUCUCUAUGGAACAAUGCAUACAAGUGGCACUUUUUCAAUCCUUUUUUGUUCUAAUGUUGUCAACCAAUUCUUCUGUGAAAUUCCACAAUUGCUAAAGCUAUCCUGCUCUGGCUUCAAUCUAAUUGAACUUGGAGUUCUUAUGGCCAGUGUCAUUGCAGGAAUUGGUUGUUUUAAUUUUAUUAUUGCAUCUUAUAUCAUGAUUUUCAAGGCAGUGCUUAGAAUUCCUUCUGAACAAGGAAGGCAAAAAGCUAUAUCCACUUGUGUUCCUCACCUUAUAGUAGUAUCUAUGUUUUUAUUAACUGGAUGCUUUGCCUAUCUGAGACCUCCUUCUAAUACUCCAUCUUACCUAGAUUUUGGGCUGACUGUUCUGUAUUCCCUUCUUCCACCCCUGUUCAAUCCAAUCAUCUAUAGCAUGAGAAAUAAGAAUAUCAAAUUGGUCCUUUCAAAACUGUGGAAAUUCUGA